AUGAGCGUCUUAACGAAACUACGCGAAUGCGAACCUCAUGUGAUGGAAAUCUUCUACAAAUCUGCAUUUUUAUCCUGUAUCGAAGAUAGAAAAUAUCAUCGAAGAAAUGGAUGCUCGAUUGCUACAAUUCGUGACCAUGCUCACAUUCUUGUCGAUUUUGUCGAAUCCAUAAUACAAAUGAUGUUUGAGGAAACAACAGAAGGACAUACGCUUGAUCCAGAAAGCAUUGGCGCAGCACACUCUCGUCUUACACCUCUUGGCUUCGACAGAAAAAUAUGGCAUGUAUUCGGAGAGUGUUUCGCUGAGGUAUAA